AUGGCUCCAAACACUUCCAGAAAGCAAAAAAUUGUCAAGACCUUGACCGUCGACGUCACAUCCCCAACUGAAAACGGAGUCUUCGAUCCAGCUUCAUACUCCAAGUACUUAAUCGAUCAUAUCAAGGUCGAUGGUGCAGUAGGGAAUCUAGGUAACGCCAUUGACGUUACUGAAGAUGGAUCCGUAGUCACUGUCGUGGCCACCGCCAAAUUUUCUGGUAAAUACUUGAAGUAUCUGACCAAGAAGUACCUGAAGAAGAACCAGCUAAGAGACUGGAUCAGGUUUAUCUCUAUAAGGCAGAACCAAUACAAAUUGGUUUUCUACCAAGUCACUCCUGAAGACGCUGAAGAAGAGGAAGACGAGGAAUAA